UACCUCUUUUCAGGACGGGCUGCAGGGAAAAUGCUGGGAACUAUAGGUCGGUGAACUUAACAUCUGUAGUUGGUAAGUUACUGGAGAGUAUUCUGAGGGAUAGGAGAAACAGGCAUUUGGAUGAGAAAGAGCUGAUUUGAGAUAGUCAGCAUGGUUUUGUACGUGUGAGGUCGUGUCACUGAAUGAUUUUUUUGAUGACGUGACCAAAAAGGUUGAUGAGGGCAGAGCUGUAGACAUUGUGUACAUGGACUGCAAGUAAUGCGUUCAACGAGGUUCCGCAUGGUAGGCUGUUCUGGAAGAUUAGAUCGCAUUGGAUCCAAGGAGUGAUAGCUGAAUGGAUAGCAUAUUGGCUUCAUGGAAGGAAGCAGAGGGUAAUGGUGGAGAGUUGCUUCUCAGACUGGAGAAGUGUGAAGUGUUGAAUUUUGAGAUGUCGAACAAGGGCACGACCUACACAGUAAAUGGUAGGUCUCUGGGUUGUGUUGCAGAGCAGAGCGAUCUAGGAGUACAGGUGCAUGGUUCCACGAAAGUCGAGUAGCAAGUAGUUAUGGUGGUCAAAACGGCUUUUGGCACUUUGGCCUUCAUCAGUCAGAAUAUAGAGUAUAGAAGUUGGGAGGUCAUGUUGCAGUUGUAUAAGACGUUGGUGAGUUCAGUUCUGGGCACCAUAUUAUAGAAAAUAUAUUGUCAAGCUUGAAUGGGUUCAGAAAAGAUUUACGAGGAUAUUGCCCAGGACUAGAAGGUGUGAGCUAUAGGGAGAGGUUGAGUAGGCUAGGUCUCUAUUCCAUGGGGCGCAGGAGGAUGAGGGGAGAUCUUAUAGAUAUACACAAAAUAAUGGGAGGAAUAGAUUGGGUAGAGUAUCUUGCACAGAGUAGGGGAAUCGAAGAACAUAGGACGUAGGUUCAAAGUGAAGGGGAAAAGAUUUAAUAGGUUUCAGAGGGGUAACCUUUUCACACAAAGGGUAGUGGGUGUGUGGAAUGAGUUGCCAGAGGAGAUAGUUGAGGCUGGGACUGUCCCAUAGUUUCAGAAACAUUUAGACAGGUACAUGGAUAGGACAGGUUUGGAGGGAUAUGGACCAAGCACAGGCAGGUGGGACUAGUGUAGCUGGGACAUUGCUGACCGAUGUGGGCGAGUUUUGCCGAAGAGCCUGUUCCUACACUGUAUCACUCUAUGACUCUAUGUUUAUUGGUCAUUGAUAAUUAUUGCAUCGGUCUAUGUCGAGGGGUUGAAAAGCAAAUCACAGCUUUGGGAAAAAUGUUUCCCAAUUGUGUGAGGGAAGGGGUUUAAUGUAACAGGCGGUGCUGUGGAUGAGAAGAGGAAAUCUAGAAACAAUGGAUUGCAGAUGUUGGUUUUAAUACACAAAAGGACACAAAGUAAUGGAGUAACAGGCAGCACCACUGGAGAAUUUGGAUAGGUGAUGUUUCCAGUCGAGACCCUUCUUCAGUCUGAAACAUCAUAACAUCCAUUUUCUCCAGGGAUGCUGCCUGACCCGCUGAGUUACUUUGUGUCACUUGGGCACUCUGUGUCCUUUCUAGGAGAAAAAAUUAUUGUUCCUACAAAGUUACAUUUGAUCGCGUGAACUUUACGUCAAUAUUUAAUUGUUGCCACAUGCGGAGAGAGAGUGAAAGAUAGAAAGCCGUCAGAAGAGAUAUCCUCAGUGGGUUAUCAUAAAUACACCACCAGUUGCUGCAUUUCUGCCAGAGUUCAGGCAAAGAGGAUGAGGUGGAAUUUGGAAUUGGCGCUGAGCUUGGCCAUAAACACACUGUGCGUCCACAUUUUAACCAUUCGUUCCCUUGAAUGUGGGUGUGAUGAUUUAGCUAUGUGCAAACCCAUCGCUGCAAGUCAUGAAGUCCAAGUGGAGCUCUUUACCAUUCAUGGCGAUGAUGAUAACUGGAAUCAAUAUGAUUGGUCGAAGAUUACAACAAUUGCAGUCAAGGAUUAUGCUGACAUUGAAAUAUUCUGUGCUGCCCAUGCAAGAAAUGUUCGUGUUGUCUUGAAUGAGGAUUUCAAGCUGGACGUAUUGAAAAACAAAGGUGAAUGGAAAAACUGGAUUCAAUUGAUGGGAGACUUUAUACAUUCAGUAUUUAUGGAUGGAAUCAAUUUGAAUCUGAAGGAAGCGCUUACACAUGGAUCUGAUUAUUACAACGAUUUGACCCAGCUGAUUUCUCAACUUAUAGCCUAUUUCCACCAAGAACUACCAGGAUCUCAGAUAUCCUUUAAUGUGCCGUGGACUCCGAAAUGCAAGAGUAAAAGAUGCUUUGAUUUUUUGGCGAUCUCACACAUGAGUGACUUGUUCUUUGUUGAAUCCUUUAACAUUCCCAAACGAUAUGCGGGAAGCCCCCGGGCCGAUUCGGCUCUCAGCCGCCGCUGCUGCCCCGCCGCCCGCUAA